GUUACGAUGAUCAGAGAAAACGAAACUUAACUUUAAGCAGGAAACACGCUGGAGUCUCAUUUCCUCAGAAGACAUGAUCUGACUUUGAUUUAGUGCUGGAGACAUUGACUCAGAAGUCAGGAGACAUCUGGAUGAUAGUGGCUUUGUUGACAAACUGAAUAUACAUGUAACGUUCAGGUGCAAGGGACCUGACAUUAUGUCAAUGACAGGACCCCACAAAGAUAGGUAGGCAGGUAGGUAGGUUGAGGUGUGUGUGUGUGUGUGUAUGUGUGUGUGGAACGCUGCGGGGUUCCACAGGUGUAACUGUGUCGUCACGUUCGUUAUGAUGGUUCAAUGCCACUGUCUUCAUCAAGCCAGAGUUUAAGCCAUAGACUGUAUGUAACUAAUCAGAUCUACACAGACCUUCACAGAGUAAACGACGGAGUAAUUAUCAGUAUGGAGAAAGUACCGAAUUGUGCAUUAAUUGAUGAAGCAUCACUUGACAUGGAUGAGGAGAUGUCAUCAGAAGAACUUGGAGAACUGAGGUGCAGCGAUUUGGAUGUUCCCCUGUUCACAUCAGAAACCUUCGAACCAGUGAUUGGCAUAUUUCUAAAAGAUAUCAGGGAUGAGCAGUGGAUGUUGUUGGAAGCCCGAAACAUCGACUCAGAUAUGAUCUUUCUACUGUCCAACAUGUGUCACGCAAUAGUAGAGAUGGCCAGCGACUUAAUCCUGGAAGCUGUGGAACCUCAGGUUCUUACCUGGGUGCAAAGGCAGACAUCCCUGGACAGCGCCAGCAGCUCCACCAAUACUUCUAUCUUAAAAGAUAGGAAUUAUUACAGAGUGACAGAGGAAGAUAUCCAAGCCAGCUUUGGAGAUUCCCUUCAACAAUGCUUUGGUGCAUCGCUUGGAGUAGAACAGGAACGGUCACUCGACUCUGAUAAACUGCUGGGGUUGUUCUCAGCAGCGGUGAAGAGGAAAGUGAACUUAGAGCUGGAUCUCAUCAGUGAAUCAGUCACAAAGCCAGAGGAGCCUGCAACUGAGACACAGUCAUGUGACUCUCACACUGAGGAUAUGGUUUACCAUAUCGCUCAUAUACUAAGAAGAUGUGUACCACACCUGGAGUCAUCUUACAACCAAGGAUGUCAGGGCAGUAAUUGCUCAGGGUGUGGCUGUAUAGAUGAAGCGAUGGUUCUUGAGGACUUCGAAGAAGAGGAGGACAUCACUGAGACAGUCUGCUCAGGGGGUCACUGUCCAGAUGAGAUGGCAGACAUCAAGGACUGUAGAGAAGAGGAAGACAUGGCUGAACCGGGACGCGCAGAGAGUUACAGUCCACUCAAAGUGAUAAUUAUUGAGGACUUCAAUGAGGAGGAGGAAAUAGAGGACUCAGACACCCCAGCUCAUGAGAGGCCAGAGCACUCUCAAACUGAUGGGAUGCAGAGGACAUCAGGAGGAAACAGCUUGGUGAAGAAAGUAUGGAGGUGUUUCAGAAAAAAGAACAGCAAAGUUUCCCCAGCCUGUGAAGUAAAGAAUCACCGUGAAGUCAAAGAAUUUGAGAAAGGAUCGAACGCCUCCGCCUUCAAGGAACCAGAGGUGCCCCACCAUCACCACAAUGCUCUCUUCAGUGGCCAGAAUCUUCAAGAAGCCCUUCACCUCCUGCCAGCCAACGUGGAUAACUGGAUGACUGGAACACGCAAGUAUUGUGUGUAAUAUUUACCCCCUACCCCAGUCUUUUCUUGUCUUGUAUUAAUCUUGAAAAAAACUAAAUCAUUGACCAAUCUCUCUCAAAAAAAAAACAAAAACAAAAACAAAAAAAAAAGAAAAGAAAAAAACAAGAAAAAAUUGAUAAUUUUUCAAGAUUAGUGCACACUCUUAGUAAGGAUAUGUUUAGUAAAGUACAGGACAGAUUUGUUUGACACAGUCAAGGCAGACAUGAAGAAACAUCUGGCAGAGAACAAAGGAAAAACAACAGAAGUGGUGAGUAGAAGCUCUCACCAUUACAGGUCAGCGUGGAAGUAAAGGCAUCCUUUUUAAGAGUGAGGGCAGCACGGUGGCUCUCUGUGGCCACACAGGAAGAUCACUCUGGUCUCUCUGUGAGGAGUUUGCAUGUUCUCCCCGUGUUGACGUGGGUUUUCUCCGGGUUCUCCGGUUUCCUCCCACAUUGAAAAAACAUGCACAAUUGGAAACAAUAAAAAAAAUAAAUAAAUAAAUUGACUUGUAGUUGUGACACUUUUGUCAUGAUUAGUAGUUUAGAAUAUUUGCCAAGUUGAAGGUAGUGGUCAGGUAGUGUGCAGUAAAUCUAAUCAACCACUAGAUGGCGACAAACAACCAUCAUUGUUUCUGCACACUCUGACUCAGUGUACAAACUCUCCUGAUGCAGCACUGGUGUUUUUAGUUGUGGGCUCACAUAUGAAAGGACACAUACAAACUGCAAAAUAAAAAUGUUAAAUGAGGCAGUAUAUCAUGUCAAAAUGUGUUUCUAAGCAUCCAGCUUGUUUCACGCUCAUAAUCCAGACAAAUCCAAAAUGAUAAGAAAUCAUUCAAGGUUAACAGGAAGUUUAGAAAUUAAAUUUUAUAUAUACAUAUAUAUCAUUUAUAAUACGUGUGUGUAUAUAUAUAUAUAUAUAUAUAUAUAUAAGGCUCAUACAGCUACCAUGUUUGAUAUGUACUGCAAAUCACAGUUCGUAUACACAGUACACUUAAUCACAGUUACAGAUCGAUCACCAUAUUCAGAAUGCAGGUUUCAGUAAAACAUAAAGGCAUUGUUGGAUAAGUGGUCACAAAGCACAGUAGAAAUAUUCUUCGUUUGGCGUAUCACUGAUGACCAGGACAAGGAAAGGUUUUCAUCUGCUGUUUCUACUGAUGGUUUCUAACUCCUACAUGGAACACUACAUAUAUUCUAUUGCUCAUGUGCUCUUUUUUUUUAAGAGCCCAGUUUGCACCUUGUCCUAUUAGCUUGUCCUAAUAGGCAAACGUAAUAAGUUUUAAAAGUACUAUACAACAACACUAUGUGCAUAUACUGCACUGUAUGUUCAAACAUACAGCAAAAAUGUAUUUACAUAUUUGACUGUGGCCAGUUUUUGAAACAC